CGGUGGUCGAAGCAUUCUAUUGGCCAGUCCAUAUAUCUGCUGACCUCACUGCCCAGAGGAUGGAUUCCGCCAUCAACAAGUACCCCAAUAAAGGGUCAGAGUAUAUAACGCGGAGACGCGGAUGAUUGUAGCAUGAGGAAGAACUGGAUUCAGCAUCGAUGCUUGCCCGAUCCUACUCUGCUCGGACAUCAUCUGUCUUUCCAUUGACCAACAUCCGUCCUACCUGCUCAGCAUCUCGAUUACGUCAACUCCGGCAUCUCCAGGUACCAAGGCAACGAACCAUGGCUACGGCGUCUCACAUCGAGCUGAACCCGGCCAGCGCUGGCAUCUACCAUGUCCCAGAUAUAUCCACAGAAUCCGGCAAGAUUGGAAGCCAGCUGCUACAGGAAAAUCACGACAAGUACCAUAUCUACUUCAAUACCGGCGGCUUCCACAACCACAUUGCCCAUCAUCUUUUAACCAUUUACGCGCUGGGAGCCACUCCUGAAGAGAUUCAGAAGGCUUUUGAUAUCAACAAGUCCUAUCAAAGACCACAGUUCCCGGUGGACAAUCGGGAAGUCGAAGCGCUGGCAGAUCACGACAAAUUCAAGCAGUUCUUGGGCAAGGAGAAAUAUUUCCACGACUUUGAGAUUUUCUUUCAAAAAGAAAUUGAGGAAAAGGGCUGGGAGAAGGUCUUGGACGAGCACUUGUUUGCCCGGAACGAGCAUGCAGAGAGGAUGCUUGACCGAAUGUUUGCAGGCUUCCUACAUCCCUUGAUUCAUCUCGGCUUCGGCGUCGAAUUCAAGCAACCUGCCAUCAUUGUCGAAGCACUUGCCCAAGCAGCAAUCCACGACGGGUGGACGGGGAAAUUCCUCCACAGCGCCGAAGCUGCCGCCAAAGGCAACACUACGUCGAAGAGCCUGGUGCAGCUCAUUCACGAAGCUCGUGCAAACGAAAAGCUCCGCACAUCAGCUCACUGGGAGGAUGGCAACAAAGUCCGGGAUGGUGUCUUCGUCCGCGCUCCCGAUGAAAUGAUAUCAUUGGCGUCCCAGUGGCACGUCAAACCUGAUGAGCUGGAGCAGAAGACAGCUGAGAUGAUCAAUGCCGCCGUGUAUUUCACAGGUGCCGCACAGAAGCCAACCAAGCAGAUCAAGUUCGACUUCUUCUACAUGCACUGCGUCAACUGCUCCAUCUUCUUCUCGGCAUUCCUGGAGGAGCCCUGGUUGAAGGCGGAGGACAAGUGCAGGCUGCUGGAGUGGAAGGGCCGACUGGAUCUUGCGCUGUAUGUGUCGCGAGGAUGUCCCGAGUUGCUGAUCGACGAAAUCAACAACUAUCAACCCAAGAAUUCGAGCGAUGGAUGGACAGAAAUAACACGUCGGGUGGACCAGUUCCCCGACGACGGACAUGCCAGUAAACUUAUACGGGCGAUAGCGAACAGCGAGCAAGUCUGCAAGCCGUACGAAGCCCAGGGGGACGAUGUCUUCCCCAUCAAAGGAGACAUGUUCUUGAAGCUGGGCCACAUGGCUAUUGACUCGGUGGAAACGAGUGAUCCAAACUGGGUGAGAUCCGCUGGUUUCGAGGAGGCGUGGGAGAAGAUACCAGGGCGGGCGAAACUGUGAGCUACUUGGUGACUUUGUGCUCGCUGCUGUACCGUGUGAAUGUACAAUACUGUGUCUCUAUCCCAUCGAUGAUGGUCAAGCGUCUUUCUAUUGAAUUCGAUGGCCAAUGCAAAAGCCGGACGAGCCACGCCG